GCCGGGGUCGUGCGGCGUGCGAGCCCCGGCGAGGAGGCGCGGUCCCCCCACCCCGGGGGCGGGCGCCGCCGCGGGCAGCAUGGGGCUCCCCGCGCUCGAGUUCAGCGACUGCUGCCUCGACAGCCCGCACUUCCGAGAGACGCUCAAGUCGCACGAAGCGGAGCUGGACAAGACCAACAAAUUCAUCAAGGAGCUCAUCAAGGACGGGAAGUCCCUCGUCAGCGCGCUCAAGAAUUUGUCUUCAGCAAAGCGGAAGUUUGCAGACUCCUUAAAUGAAUUUAAAUUUCAGUGCAUAGGAGAUGCAGAGACAGAUGACGAGAUGUGUAUAGCAAGGUCUUUGCAGGAGUUUGCCACUGUCCUCAGGAAUCUUGAAGAUGAACGGAUCCGGAUGAUUGAGAAUGCAGGUGAGGUGCUCAUCACUCCCUUGGAGAAGUUUCGAAAGGAGCAGAUUGGGGCUGCCAAGGAAGCCAAAAAGAAGUAUGACAAAGAGACAGAGAAGUAUUGUGGCAUCUUAGAAAAACACUUGAAUUUAUCUUCCAAAAAGAAGGAAUCUCAGCUCCAAGAGGCAGACAGCCAAGUGGAUCUUGUCCGGCAGCACUUCUAUGAGGUAUCCCUGGAAUAUGUCUUCAAGGUGCAAGAAGUUCAAGAGAGAAAGAUGUUUGAGUUUGUGGAGCCUCUACUGGCCUUCCUGCAAGGGCUUUUCACUUUCUAUCACCAUGGUUAUGAACUGGCCAAGGAUUUUGGCGACUUCAAGACACAGUUGACCAUCAGCAUACAAAAUACAAGAAAUCGCUUUGAAGGCACUAGGUCAGAAGUGGAAUCACUGAUGAAAAAGAUGAAGGAGAACCCUCUGGAUCACAAGACCAUCAGUCCUUACACCAUGGAGGGCUACCUGUACGUGCAAGAGAAACGUCACUUUGGAACUUCUUGGGUGAAGCACUACUGUACGUACCAGCGAGAUUCCAAACAAAUCACCAUGGUUCCAUUUGACCAAAAAUCAGGAGGAAAGGGGGGAGAAGAUGAAUCCGUUACCCUCAAAUCCUGCACGCGGCGGAAAACUGAAUCUAUUGAGAAGAGGUUUUGCUUUGAUGUGGAAACAGUAGACAGGCCAGGGGUUAUCACCAUGCAGGCAUUGUCGGAAGAGGACCGCAGGCUCUGGAUGGAAGCCAUGGAUGGCCGGGAACCUGUCUACAACUCAAACAAAGACAGUCAGAGUGAAGGGUCUGCACAGUUGGACAGCAUUGGCUUCAGCAUCAUCAAGAAAUGCAUCCAUGCUGUGGAAACCAGAGGGAUCAAUGAACAAGGACUCUACCGCAUCGUGGGGGUCAACUCCCGAGUACAGAAGCUGCUGAGUGUCCUGAUGGACCCUAAAACGGCUUCAGAAACUGAAACGGAUAUCUGUGCCGAAUGGGAGAUAAAAACCAUAACUAGUGCUCUGAAGACGUAUCUAAGGAUGCUUCCAGGGCCACUCAUGAUGUACCAGUUUCAAAGAAGUUUCAUCAAAGCAGCAAAGCUGGAGAAUCAAGAGACUCGCGUCUCUGAAAUACAUAGCCUUGUUCAUCGGCUCCCAGAGAAAAAUCGGCAGAUGUUACAGUUGCUCAUGAACCACUUGGCAAAUGUUGCUAACAAUCACAAGCAGAAUUUGAUGACUGUGGCAAAUCUUGGCGUAGUGUUUGGACCCACUCUGCUUCGGCCUCAGGAGGAAACAGUGGCCGCCAUCAUGGACAUCAAAUUUCAGAACAUUGUCAUUGAGAUCCUAAUAGAGAACCACGAAAAGAUAUUUAACACUGUGCCUGAUGUGCCACUCACCAAUGCCCAGCUGCACCUGUCUCGGAAGAAGAGCAGCGACUCCAAGCCCCCAUCCUGCAGUGAGAGGCCUCUAACGCUCUUCCAUGCUGUGCAGUCAACAGAGAAACAGGAACAAAGGAACAGUAUCAUCAACUCCAGUUUGGAAUCUGUCUCAUCAAAUGCAAACAGUACCCUUAAUUCCAGCAGCAGCUUACAGCCCAACAUGAACUCCAGUGACCCCGACCUGGAUGUGGUUAAACCCACCAGGCCCAACUCACUCCCCCCGAAUCCAAGCCCAACAUCACCCCUCUCGCCAUCUUGGCCCAUGUUCUCGGCACCAUCCAGCCCUAUGCCCACCUCAUCCACGUCCAGCGACUCAUCCCCCGUCAGCACACCGUUCCGGAAGGCCAAGGCCUUGUACGCGUGCAAAGCUGAACAUGACUCGGAGCUCUCGUUCACGGCAGGGACCGUCUUCGAGAAUGUUCAUCCGUCUCAGGAGCCUGGUUGGUUGGAGGGGACUCUAAAUGGAAAGACUGGCCUCAUCCCGGAAAACUACGUGGAGUUCCUUUAACUAUGGGCCCUAGCAGAGCGGCUGAGCUUUAUGUGGUCUCCAUGGCAACUGCUCCUUCCAGUGUUGUGGGCCACAUCUCAUUGAGAAAGCAGGAAGACUGCCAGUUGCUACCUGUCAACAAGAAUGUGUCCGAGAACUCACCUCUCCCUUCUCCAUCGUCAUCUCAGCUGGCACGUGGCAAUGCUGCGAGAAGCAAAAGCCCAUUGGCCCAAGAGGCCAUUUGCUUGUGAUAACCUAGGGAAAGGCUUGCAAAGCUGUUCUCUUGUGAGUGCCCUAAAUAGCGAGUGCUGAUUUUGUGUCAAGUCACUCAAACCCCCAAACUUUGGAAAGCGGGAGUAAGGCGUGAGUAGCCCCCAGGAGCACGCAGUGUUUGACAGGGCACCACCAAGCAUCUCACUCCCAGACCCAGCGUGGGACUCGUGCUUUUGUUUACAGCUUUCUCUCCACCUCUUAGUCUUGGAGACCCACAGUGCUGCAGGCAGCUGGGUCCGUCUGUUUGCAAGUAGGAUGGAGAGCAGUUACAGCUCUGUUUCUGUAAGAUUUGAUCUUUUACCGUCUUUAAAGCAGCCUUUGGCCCAUCAGCAGCAAAAGUGAGUUCAUUCCUCUCAUGCAAAGGGACACACAUACCCCUCACUCACCCCUCCUGAGUGAAGAGCUUCUCUGCGACUGCCUAGUAACCAUGGCAACCCAGCCUAUUCUAAAACCAAACCAAAAAAUACUUAACACACUGUCUUUGCACGGCAUACUUCUUUUUCUCUUCCCAUGUUGGUAGUUUUCUGGAAUGGUCUUCCAAAUAUGAAGCAAAGGAUCAGAGAGACUUGGGCUGGUCUACCUGGGACAGACAGAAAACAGCUGGGGCUGUUCCCUUCCUGAUAAAUUUGAGCAGCAUUGGGAUAUAUUUGGAACAAAUCCAAUUACCCCUGACAGUUAAAGCACACACAGGCUUGAUAUUUUUGUUCCCCCACACAACUGCUGUUUGCUGUAGGGGGCAAAUGCGCUUCUCUGAGCUAUGCCAUCUGACUAGUCCUCCAUGGUCUCGCUUUCACCCGUCCCUACACCUACUCUCGCUGUCGUUCUUGUCUGCACCAUUACUGAGCAGCCCCUUGGCUGUGCUCCAGGCCCCUGAGCGCUGGUUCUCUGGGGACAACUCCUGCACUUGACCUGUGGCCUCGAGUUAAGGACGUCUGUGUUCACUGCCACCCAGAAAAGGGAAUUAAUUCUCAGGCUUUCCAAGCAUGAGCUUCACAUCACAGUCCACUGUGAUUCAGGAAGACCCCAAUAGUUUGGGCGUGAAGGCUGGGAUGGGUCCCCUGUAAGGAAGGGGAUUUCCUAGAUGACAGGGGCUGUGGAAGAUUGCGUUGGAUGGGAAGUUCCAUCUGAACAUUGCAGAAUCACUUGGCCUCCAAAGAACCAAGUCCUCCUACUCUAGAUGUGAAUGUCCGUGAAGAGGACUCUAGGCAGACUUACCUGCAAGCUUCGCAAGAACCCCUCCCGGCAGCGGGGCCCAGGGCAAUGCUUCCUGCUUCUGGAAUUCCGUUAGGGACCUUUCAAGAAGAAGAAAAG